CUCGUAAUAUAUGAAACUCAUUCGAUGCUUGACGUUGGAACUGGUUUAUUUUGAUUUGCGGAUAGUUGCUCAAUAGCUGCGUCUGCGUAUAAGAGAGCGGUCGUCUUCACAGUUGUAAAUAUGAGUAAAUUAUAUUUUGCCUUAGCGGUUCUAUUUGCAAUUGCAAUAUUUGCCGUGAGAAGUGAUGAGACGCCAUCAGAACAAUGCCCAGGUGAAGAAUUCGACAAUCUUCAUGAGAGAAUUCAGGUCCUACCUUGUGGCAAGUCACGUUGCAAGCUCCGCAAAGGCACAAACACGACUGUCGUUUUCAAAUUUAAGCCAAAAAACGUUGUAAAUGAACUAACAAACGACGUCUACGCUAUAAUCGGUGGUCUUCCGUUGCCAUUCGUUGGCGUCGCUGGCGUGAGUGCUUGCACGCAGAUAAAACACGCUGAUACUGGAGAAUCCGCGCCGUGCCCCUUAGAGCCUAACAAGGAAUACGUUUACACUAAUGUUUUCCCUAUACUGGACGUAUAUCCUCAAGUGGCACUUCGUGUCCAUUGGGCGCUUAGAGAUGGCAACACGGAUGUUGUUUGUUUUGAAGUACCAGCUGUCAUUACAGCAGCAGCUAAGAAGAAUUAAGCCUCUAAAAACAUAUCUUGCCUUUUCUUAAAGUAGUUAGAAUGAUUUUAACGGGCAUAAUUUAAUGAAAGAUUAAGUUGACAUUGUAAUAUUACUGUUAAUCUUAAUUAUGUAAAAAAUAAACAUUGAAACACGUUGUAAUAUAAAA